UUUGGUAUUCCAGUAUAAACAUGGCUGUUCCCCAACUUUGAUGCGCGUGUUCAGUGUUGGUAUCCCGUGUUACAAGUUCUCCAUAUAUACCGUGCGCGUGUUGAUCAGUUAGCUGUCUUGUGGUGGCAGAAAAAGGAAUCUGUAAAUGCAAGGCUAUAUAAAGGCUGACAGCUGUGAUUUAAUUUUAUUAUGACCAAAUUUCAAAAUUUGAAUUCAUAACAACCUUCUUUGUUAUGCCUUUGUUUGUGAUGACAAUGCACUAUCAUGGGCAAUCAGAUCAUCUGUCACCAUUGCCGCAAGAGAAGGACUGUGAGUCCACAGGAAACCAGGUUAAUUCAUAUUCUGCUGGUGGGAUUGGACAAUGCUGGAAAAACCACUGCAGCAAAAUGCCUUGUUGGAGAGCCGGUCUCGGCGCCGGCGCCGACGCUGGGCUUCUCCCGACUGGAGGUGCGCCGGCGCGGCUGGACCGUCGAGCUGUACGACGUUGGCGGCGGGCGCGGCAUCCGCGGCAUCUGGCGCAACUACCUGGCCGAGAGUCACGGCCUGGCGUUCGUCGUGGACGCCGCCGACACCGGCCGGACGGACGAGUGUCGCGACACGCUGCACGCGCUGCUCGGCGACCCGCGCGUCGCCGGCAAACCGGUGCUGAUCCUGGCCAACAAGCAGGACGAGCCGUCGGCUCUGGACGAGGUGGAGCUGAACGAACGGCUACAGCUGGAGGCGGCCGCCAACCAGCACCGCUGUCCGAUGAGGAUCGAACUGUGCGCCGCGCGGCCCGGCGCCGCCGCCGCCGGGAAGAGGAAGCACCUCGGCAUCCAGACCGGCUUCGACUGGCUGGCCGACUACGUGAUCGACAAUAACUCCUCCCUGGAGGAGCGGGUGACGGCCGACCUGGCCAUGCGAGCCGUGGAGCUGGAGCAGCAGCGCCGCGCCAGGGAUGAGCGGAUCAGGCGCAACAGGGAGGCGGCGGCGGCUGCAGCGGCGGCAGCGGCGGCAGCAGCAGUGGGGGAUGGCGGCGGGGACGGCGGAGGAGAGCGGGAGGACCGGGAACCGGACGGCGAUCCUGUGGAGACGGUGACCGUCUCUCAGGCCGCCGAGUCGGAGCCGCCGGCCCGGCCCGCCACCUCCCCUACUGCCGCCCCGGCGGCCGCCCCGGCGAGCCCACUGAACUCCGACCUCCCAGCGGCAGCCGCCGAGGGGGCCCGGUCUCCGCCACCUCCGCAGACCAAAACUCCCUCCCCGGACACUCCGCUACACCCCGAGCUGGAGGCACAGAUCCAGGAGGUGUUCACUCGUACGGAGAUGGGCCGCCUGGUGCGUGACCAGACGAGCCGGCGGGACACGAGUGACUUGGCCGGCGCCCCGGAGGAGGGGCGGUCGGCGAGCGGUGGCGGUGCUGGUCAGAAGGAGGACAGAGCAAGGGAGGAGGGCGGCGGGACUGACCCAGAGGCCGGAGCAGGAGGGGAGGGCGGCGGGCAGGCCGAGUCGGAGCCGGUGGUGCUCCACCCGGCGGGAUCCAUGGAGCCGUCCUCCGGCAGAGAGUCUCCGGACUCUCCGGUGCUGGAGAAGGACUCUGGUCAGGGCAGUAUCAAGGGGAGCGACUCGGAGACGCUGCUCUCAUCCAGCGCCUCCCAGCUGUCCGCACAGGCCAACGGCGUCCCCGGCGGCAAGCGCCGGAACCGUUUCUUCAAGCGCUACACAAAGACGUCGCCGAUGCCCAACGAUGUGCUGCUCGCCUCGAUGUCGUCAAUGCCGCCGUCAGGGAACGAUUGACAGCGCAGCACUGUGGUCCCCAGCGCUACCGGCUCGGAGAAAGGCCUCAGAGCUGAGGAACGUCGGUCUGUAUACCGGGGGCCGAUGUUGGGAGAGCGGAGAUCGGUCUGUAUACCGAGGGCUGAUGUUGGGAGAGCGGAGGUCUGAGGCUCGGAUGGGGAAGGGUCGUCAUACUCCUGCCGUUGUCGGGUGCACUAAUCAGGCUAAGGAUAUACUUUUGACCAGUUUCUGACCAAUUGCUGUGAUGAGACGGCUGGCGAAUACCAAUGGUCGUGCUAGUCAGAUGCAAGUGACAGGACGUCCUUGAAGGGACGGAUGAGGCUGGAUGUAACCACAAUGUCUGAGUGCCUGUUGAAUUCGUUCUAGUCAUGUGUGACGUUAGGAAGUCCACGAUGCUAGUCACCACCAACUGUGCUGGAUGGGUUUGGGUUGCGUUCUCUGUCAGAUAACGAAAACAUUUUGGGGGGGGGGGCGGGAGGAGGCGGCUGUAAUAUCGGAAAUUACAUGAGAUAUGGGCGUGUCGAUGAUACAAUUGUUGCCAUAUAUGGUACCUAUUCUGGUGAUUUGUUUUAUGCUUUGUUUUUCUAGUUUUUAAGUCGAAAAGAAAUAGCUUUAUUUUAGGUCAUUAUUGCUUUUAGGUGUGUAAUGUGCAUGACCCCGUGGAUACAUUGCGCCGCCUAUAACUGUUAUUUAUUGCAUACUGUCGUAAAUUAUAUGUUGCGUAUUUUUCUUUGUUGGCAAUGAUCCAGGUUGCCUACAAAAUCAGCUGAAGCGUGUAUAUUUUGCAUAUCGCGGAGAAACAUUGCCAGCGGGAUAUGAUCACGCAGUACUUGUGAAAUGCUACGAAAGACGUGCCGCGAUAGGGCCUUUCGAACUUUGAAGCCGCUGUCCCAGUCGUGCUUGCAGCAUGUUCUCACCGAGUGUUUGAUUUCAUUCGACUGUCAGACUAUGUCGACCGAAACCCUGCGCCCCUGUAUGUACCGAAGGACUGGUGUCGGGUCGAUCGAUAAGCGUGCCUGCACAUUGCAGCUACCCUCUUUGCUCGAGUUUGUAUUCCGUCCACGAGUCGAGUAUUUGGUCCAUGCCGACCGUCUGAAUUGGUGAUCUCGGCGCCACUUAUUGUGGCUAUACUCUACAUAGAUCUGUUUCGAUGUCAACGUCACAUGUCAGCACCGUAGAUCAAUGAUAGUCGGCACGCCGUGUUUCGCACAAUACUCUGCGUCUAGUCAGCUAGCUGUUUGUACUGGUGCCCGCUCGUGUCAACGCCGUGUGAUGACGGUGUUUUCGUGUUGUGCACCGUCGACGUCGGGUUCACCCGCCGCACCGCCGAGCCAUCGAUUCGUCGCAUCAGUGCCUGAGACAGAGCGGGUGUAUUUUUCAUGAGCCGCGGCCGCGUGGCCGCUAAUCGUCAUCGCACAGUCCCUCUGUCGUGUCAACUCCGUCCGACUGGUACGAAAGGAGAGGUCGUGUCUUUUGGAUAGUGACACUUAGCGGGAAUCCAGUAUAUUCGGUCAGUCAUCCCAGCGGACACAAAAUACCCUUUUCCAUAUUACCUAUAACUUAUUUCACACUUCGCAAUUGUGAAUAGAUAAUAUGGUUGUACCGCCGGUAACCGGCCAUAGGCAGACCUCACUAUCCGGUAGGCUGUUCGCCGAUGUCAUACAUCCGCUGGGUCUAGGCCCUCCAGCUGUCGAUUCACGCCUGUUUCGUCAUCUCUGCGCCACCGACCGGCGAGGCGAGGAGUCUCCCUUCGUCCACUCGCAUUGUGCGGUCUGAUCCAGAGCAGUACAACACGACACCGGACCAGCCUAUACGUGACUGAUAGAUGUGAUAACUUCCGUCCAUUGCGUGGUUCGAAAAUACAUUGUGCCAGUCAUUA